AGCCACCCCAGGCCCUCUGCACUUGGCCGCGACUGGGCUGUCUCCCGCCUGCGUGACAGUCAGGGGCGGGAGCGGAAUUAGCCGUUGGUCCCCGAGACCUGCACGUGGAGAGCCAAGCUCAGUUCCCGGCUCUGCCGGGUACCGGGCGACAGCCCACGAUUGGGACAUUGCCCGGCCCUGGAGUUGGUCGUUCAGGGCUCGACGGCCCGCAAGAAUAGCGGCCUGGCCCCGGGUGCUCCUAGCGCGAUGAGCCUGGCUAAAGGCGGCCGCUGCUUCAGUCGCAGCCUACGCGGUGGCCUCCCGCGAUCCCUGGUCCCCUCACCCUCGCGCACCAUGCUGUCCUCCGGCCAGCGGAGCCCGCAGAGCAGCCCACGCCUCCUGCCCAGCCGCUGCUAACCCACGAGAACGCGUUCUUGACCGGGAGGUCAACCGGCCGCGUGGUGCCUCGGGGAGGCGGAACCUUGGUCCCCCGGAGCUCCGGCUCCGCCCUCGGAUUCUCCAGCUGCCACCGGGCGCGGGGCGGCGAUGGGGGCGCUGCUGGCGUUCUGUCUGCUCGUGGGCUUGCUACGUUGGGGCCCGGCGGGCGCGCAGCAGCCUGGGGAAUACUGCCACGGCUGGGUGGACGCGCAGGGCAACUAUCACGAGGGGUUCCAGUGCCCCGAGGACUUCGACACGCAGGACGCCACCAUCUGCUGCGGCUCGUGUGCGCUGCGCUACUGCUGCGCGGCAGCCGACGCCAGGUUGGAGCAGGGGGGCUGCACCAACGACCGCGGAGAGCUGGAGCAUCCUGGCAUCACCGCGCAACCUGUCUAUGUCCCCUUCCUGAUCGUCGGCUCCAUCUUCAUCGCCUUCAUCAUUUUGGGCUCUUUAGUGGCUAUCUAUUGUUGCACCUGUUUGAGACCCAAGGAGCCCUCUCAGCAGCCCAUCCGCUUCUCGCUCCGAAGCUAUCAGACAGAGACCUUGCCCAUGAUCCUCACCUCCACCAGCCUCAGAGCAGCUUCCAGGCAGUCCAGCACCGCUACCAGCUCCAGCUCCACGGGAGGAUCUGUGCGGAGGUUCUCCUUUGCCAGGGCUGAGCCAAGCUGCCUGGUGCCCUCAUCACCCCCACCUUACACCACUGGUCACACCAUACACCUAACCCAACCGUCCGGUUUCCUGGUAUCACCCCAGUAUUUUGCAUACCCUCUCCAGCAGGAGCCCCCAUUACCUGGGAAGAGCUGUCCAGAUUUCAGUUCCAGUUGACGGGGCGAUGGCUGUGAAUAGGCCACACAGGGAAACGGCAGCCAGCCAGGUGGAGUGCUGCUGUCUCGGCCAAGCCACGCUCACUUCUGAAGAGAUGUGUGGUAACCCACCAUGCUCAUGGAAGAAAGGGCUGGAAAGACUCAGCACUUUCUGGUCUUGAGAUUCUUGGCUACAAUGACAGGAGGUCUGACUUAGCAAUCAUGGCGAACGUGACAACCUAGUCACCUUUUGUUAAAAUAGUCAGCAGCUUGAUGUUCAGUUUGCAAGUUGAAAGAAAAUAUUUUACCAGACAAUUCAUCUACCCUUUGUAGAAAAACACCCUGUGUUCCUUUUCCUGAGUUGAAUUGUAGUACAAAUAUAUACAUAAAUAAGGACAUACACUUAACUGUAAUUAUAAAGGUUCACUUAAAAAUUAACUAUUAAGUAAACUCGAAGGGCCAGUGAACUACCUAUUUAUAAUUUUUGGAGCAACCUAACUAUAAGCAAUAUUAGUAUGAUGAGAACAGUUACUUCUUAAAUUAAUAACAAACUUUGUUUUAAAAUAUGAGUUUUCUUUUUCCAAAAUACAAGGUUUCACUAACCACCUGGGAAGCUUAGAGUUUUAAAUAUAAACUCAGACAUGCGCUGUAACCCAGAUUAAAGUUUUAAAUAUCUACUCAGACAUGCGUUGCAACCCAGAUUCUAGGUAAAAACACCUCCCCCGCCAACCUGAGGGAAUAUUUAUUGCAGACUUUUUGUUCAGCAAUAUUAGUGUUUAAAUAGAAGUUGGACAAUUGGGUCUUAAAACAUUUAUUUGUACAAAGAAUUAUAUAUAAACGUGAAGAUUUGUAAUUUAAUUUACUUACCACAUUGACGGUACUAAUUAUUUAGAAGUCAUACUGUAAUUUUGCUCGAAGUCAAAGGGAGGGGAGACAUUAGUGUAAGCAUUCAGUAUUCCACAUUUUAUGUGCCACUGUGUUUGAUGUCUGGUGACGACACAUAAGGACCAGGCUAGAAAAUAAAUAAAUAAAUUUAUCCAGUUUCCUGAACUCUAUUUGGGGUUUUCAAAUCAGGAUUCUUGAUUUGAAAUUCAUCCAGUCAUCUAUCACCUUCAGUAUCCCUGUACCAAGUCAACAGAGGUAGAGGAGGGUUAAUUGGCUCCCUUGUUUUCCAGUUGAGGGUCAGAGAAAACCAGUUCGAAGGCAUUGCUCCUUAGCCAGGAAGUUAGAGUGGUGCCAACUUCCAGUCGCUUCUCUCUUCCACAUGCAAAUCUGGUCUUUCUUCCAAGUAUUCAAGAUUAUAUAAAAAUCAACUUAAGAGAUAAUUGGAUGUAAAGAACAAAUGUCUGAGACUGUGCUCAAACCCACACAACGGGAUCACCAUCCUGGUUGUAGUAGCUCUUCUGUCCUGUUUCGUUGACAGUUUUAAGUUAACUUCCGCUGAGUUCUCUGUUCUAACACAAGUCAAGUGCAGUGCUGAGCAGUUGUGUGUUAACUUAUCCAAUCCUCCAAACAACUCAGAGGUAUUGUAACUACCAUCUUACAAAAUUGGAAACGGAGGAAAAGACUAAAGUGUUCAACUUUCUACAGCAAGUUAAUACUGGAGUCGGUGUGUAGAGAAUGCCUCAAACACCAGAUUGGCACCUGCUUUAAAAUUUAUUUAGCUUCUUUUUGAGAUAGAGUGUCCCUACAUAGCAAGGCUGCUCUAGAACUCACGAUCCCGCCGCCUCAGCACCCCUGUACCCACAUACUGGGGUUAUGGUUGUGUGACGUCAUACCCUGCUUUAAUGUGCUGAUUCUUGGUCCUACUAAGUGUGGUGAAUGUUUCUUAUUUUGUAAUCUCCUUUAGUUGUUGAAAAAAUGAAUUACAGGCAAUAUACCUGUAAUUAAAAUAAACCCAUUCAGUGUGCUAAUGAGAGGGAGAGAGAGCAAGAACAAGAGCCAGAGGGAGCAGCAAGAGUGAGAGAGAGUGGAAGGGGGAGAGAGAGAGAGAGAGACAGACAGACAGACAGACAGACACACAGAGAGAGAGAGAGAGAGAGAGAGAGAGAGAGAGAGAGAAUCAAAGCUUCAGUAGACUCUGAAGGACUCACAGAGAGGUGACUGAGCUAAUUUCACCCUCCCAUACCCAGUUCCACAGUGCCUGCUAGAGUAUGGAAAUGCCCCCUCCCAUGCUAAGCACGAUUCUAGUUUGUCAGUGGCUGUAUUUUCUGUUUCCUGCUGCUUUGGAGAACAGAAUGCAUUCUUUAGGCGCACCGAUGUUGAGUGACUCACCGAGUGCUCACAUCUAUAUUUCCCUGCUGCUGUGGGAUUCUCCAACCAAUCACCUGGCCAUAUAGUAUUUAAAACUAGGAUGGUGUUGUCUAUGUAAUUUAUUGUAACGUGGCAUUCAGUGACAUUGAGUCAAAUCAUAUACUCAUGUACUUGGCGACACAAAAAUGUAUCUUUGUACAAGCCUUCUCUUUGGAAGCUAAGUGGCUGCUAAUACUAUUUAUGAUCUUAACAUAAUAAAGCCAUCCCAUGGUAAUUUUUAG